CAAAGCCCAAAUAGCAAAUAGGUGUGAUGUAGAACUCUCCCACCAUUAACGCACCCAAAAGUAGAACUCUCAAAAACACACUGCAAGUCAGAGAGAGAGAGAGAGACAGAGAGAGAGGAAAAACGAAGACACAAAAAUGGGUGUGAUGCAAAGGCUUAGGAUGUUCGUCGCCGAAGAACCAGUUGUUGCCGCUUCUUGCAUCAUCGGUGGAAUCGGGCUAUUUCUCCCAGCAGUGGUGAGGCCUAUGUUGGACUCUAUGCAAUCAGCAAAGCAGUUGCCUCCUCCUCCUUUGAGUGAUGUUGUUUCUGGUGUUACUGGUAAAAAGGAAUGAAUUGCUGCAGCUUUGAUGUGAGUCCUGAUUUUCCAUCUAUACUCACUUUUGUUCUUUAUUGUGAGACAUGCUCUUGGAAAAUAAGCCUUUUUUGUAUGAGGUAGAAUUACCAUUAUUGAUGUUUUUCCUUUUCAAUUGUAACCAAAUAUGCUUAGAACAUUAUGUAACAAUUUCUUAAUUAUAAAAUCUGCUUCAUGCACCAUUUCCAACAUGUUUAAAA